ACUUGAACCACUGUACAACACCAAUGUUUUGAUUUUUUAUUUUCUUUUUUGUACCUUUUUUUUCUUCUGUUUGUGUCUGUUUUUUUCCAACAACAUUAGGUUCAACCACCCAUAUCUCGAAUCUCUCACCGUCUCUUCCCCUGAAUCGACUCAGGACAACCCCAAUGAACGAUCCCGAGCGAGUCAAAACCAACGAUGAUCCGUUUCUCCGGCAGUACCAGCCCUCCGAACUCAGAAUAGCCUCUGAGUUCUUGACCACAUGGCUCCCUUUCCUUUCAAGAGAUCUCUGCCAUCGAUGCACCCGAAGACUCUCCCAACGAAUCCGCUCUCUCGACCCAGAACUUGAAGGAAGUGAAGAGCUGGCCGACACAGAUUCAAAUGCAUACCUUUCUAGUCCCAGAAAUACUUUGCAUGGGAAUUAUCUUAAAAAUUAUGAUGCAAAUUCGGUUAGAAGUUCAAAAGAUGAAGAAGAUACAAACUCCUUGGGUAGUUGGAAGUUUGAGGCAAAUGGGUCUCAAGAACCUGUUAGAGAAGCAUCCACUAGUGAUGGGGUUGCCAGUAGGUCGCUUUUGGUUAGAACUCGGGCUCCCCGUCAAUCAUGGGCAGACAUGGCCCAGGAAGAUGAGUUUGAGGAAGUAGAAGAUGAAGAAGAGGGACAGCAGUCAGAGUUGAGGAAGCGAGUUGCUAAUUUAACUACUUCCACUGGGGAGUUGAGGAUAUCCAAGGUUGUUGAGAAGCCUAAAUUGUCUAGGGAUCAGAGAGAGUAUAUAAGGUUUAUGAAUGUGAAGAGAAAGAAAGAUUUUGUAUGUUUCGAGAGAGUUAAGGGGAAGAUGGUUAACAUUCUCAAGGGUCUUGAACUUCACAUGGGGAUUUUUAGUGCUGCAGAGCAGAAGAGGAUAGUCGACCAUGUUUAUAAGCUUGAGGAGAUGGGGAGAAAUGGAGAGUUGAAAGAACGUACAUUUACAGCAGCCCAAAAGUGGAUGAGAGGAAAAGGACGUAUAACCAUCCAAUUUGGUUGCUGCUACAAUUAUGCAAUGGACAAAAAUGGUAACCCGCCUGGCAUUCUUCAAAACGAAGCUGUAGAUCCUAUACCCAAUCUCUUCAAGGUGAUCAUUAGAAGGCUGAUCAGAUGGCAUGUGCUUCCUCCUACUUGUGUGCCCGACAGUUGUAUUGUAAAUAUUUAUGAAGAAGGCGACUGCAUUCCUCCACACAUUGACAACCAUGAUUUUGUUAGACCAUUUUGUACUGUUUCGUUUCUUAGUGAGUGCGAUAUCGUUUUUGGGUCAAACCUGAAGGUUGUGGGGGCCGGCGAGUUUUCUGGUUCAUUCGCAAUUCCCUUACCUAUGGGAUCAGUUCUGGUUAUAAAUGGAAACGGGGCAGACGUUGCUAAACACUGUGUGCCAGCAGUUCCUACAAAGAGGAUAUCAAUCACAUUUCGGCGAAUGGAUGAAUCGAAACGACCAGUUGGAUAUACUCAAGAACCCGACUUGCAAGGAAUCGAAUCACUGUGUUACGACGAGGAGAAAUCAAAGAGGUUAAUCUCUUCACCUAAAUCUGAACCAUAUGUAAGAAGGCAACCACUUAGAAGAGAGGGUAGAAAAGAGGGCAGGGGGUCAACAACCGAGAGGAACGAGCGAUGGGAGCCCCGAUCCUCGAUCUGGAAACAAAUAGGUCCCGGAAUUAGGAGGAUCAUCGUGAACGAGGAAAGGGGGUAAUAAAUUUUUGACGGAUUGCAUUGGUGGGUAGUUUUCAUGUACUUUGUUUUUACUGAAG